CUCUGAUCUUGUGCCUUAGUCCUCCGGUCUGUCAAUUGUACGAUCAUUACUGAUGGGGCCCCCUCGCCAUGGCAAUGGAUAUCUCCCCUUCGUUGACUUGAUUGCGCUCGAGAAAGUGGAUGAGACCACCUACCGCAGCACCGCUUUACCCUUCUCACCCAAUGGCUCUGGCAGAGCGUACGGUGGACAUGUCUACGCCCAAGCCGUCUGGGCAGCGGCGAAGACCGUCGAGGCCGGCCUUGUAAUUCACAAUGUCACCGGGUUCUUCGUCCUGGCUGGUGAUUCUUCGAUUCCAUUCAUCUACCGAGUUCAAACCAUCCGAAACGGCCGGUCGUAUUGUACUCGCUUGGUCAACGUCACCCAGGCCGAAGGCAAAGGAAUAUGCUUUACUUGCACUUGCUCAUUCAAACUGCCCGAGGAAGGCAACCUAGAUGUUCAGGAGAAGAUCGAUCUAGACAAACAAUAUGAGGUUGUUCUGAGUGGUAAGAAGCCUGAAGAUUGGCAAGAGGUUUCCGGGAUGGACGUGCCGUGGUACAACGCUCGUCGCAAAUCAACAGGCCGUAAUGACGCGUUUCCUGGUCUCGAAUGUCGCAAAGUGGAUAUGACACAGUACAAUGCUUCACUGACAGCAUUCGAUCGCCGCCAGCUCUUUCUCUACCGCUCACUUGGCGAUUUGCCUCCUGACCCGAACAUACACGCAUGCGCCCAUCUGUACGCGUCCGAUCGAAACUCGCUCUUCAUCGUGGCGAAUCAUCUCGAGAUAAGCGACAAGUUCACGCACAUGGCAAGUUUGAGCCAUACCGUGGUUUUCCAUUGUCCUGUCUCGCAACUCAUGUUGCAAAAUCAGGGAAGUGGUGAGAGGACAUGGUUCUGUCAAGAAGUAUGGACAACUCGUGCAGCUGAAGGACGAGCGACACACCACAGUCGGAUCAUUGGCCCUGAUGGAGCACAUGUGGCUAGUACCUUCCAGGAGGGUAUGAUCCGAGUCGGAGUUGGUGAGAACCAAUACGAGAGGGCAUACAAGAAAUCUCUGGAACGCCUUUAGCAAGGCUGUCACGCUCUCAGUGGAUGCUACCAACAUGGUAAAAAUUGUGCAAAUCUGCAGUUACACGCAUGACAGAGCUCAGUACACAGGGAUGAGAUCAAGCGGAGCUGACAUCGG